AAUGUCGCAUUUGUUCGACAGAAUUGUCGUACAUAAACAAAUCCACCUCCUCAAUGCUGAGGCAUCAUAGGGCCAGGCAUGAAAAUGAAGUUCCAGAGACACCCAGGAUAAACUCAGCUACCAGAAAGCAGAUGCUGGAUGAGGCUCUGCUGAACUUCAUUGUGAAGGACUGCCAGCCCCUCAGCAUUGUGGAGAGUGAAGGGUUCAGGGAACUGGUGCAGGUCCUUGAGCCAUCAUAUGUUUUGCCUACCAGAAAGACCAUCAAAAAAAUGCUGGUGACAAAAUAUGAGGAGGAACGGGAACGAGUGAAAUUGGAAGUACAGCAAGCUGUGGCAGUGAGUAUAACAGCUGACAUGUGGACAUCUGUAAACAUGGAGGCUUACUUGGCUCUUACCUGCCACUACAUAAAUGAUAAUUUGCAGUUGUGUACAUCUGUGUUGGGUGUGCAAUACUUUCCACAAAGUCACACUGCUGACAAUUUGGCCCAGGUCAAAAGGGACAUGAUGGCAGACUGGGCCAUAACUAAUAAAGUAAAGUGUUUUGUGACCGACGCAGCACCAAACAUGAUUGCAUCCACUAGACAGCUCCAAAUUCGACACUCAAUUUGCAUUGCACAUAGUCUUAAUUUAUUAGUUAGAAAAUCAUGUGACCAGAUCCCCACACUUGCAUCCAUCAGACACAAAGCUAGGCACAUUGUCACAUACUUCAGAUCGAGCACUACAGCUAAGGAAAAGCUUGCUCAAGUGCAGCAACAGAUGGGACGGCCAACCCUGAAACUCAUCAAUGAGGUGGCAACACGCUGGAAUAGCACAUAUGAAAUGCUGUCAAGGCUACAUGAUGAGAAGGAGUCAGUGUGGGUAUCUCUGGCCUCUCUAAAAACAGAUUUGACUCCACUUACAGCUGAUGAGUUUAACAUCGUAGGAGAAACACUUAUUGUGCUUGCUCCUUUCCAUCAAGCCACAGUGGAGUUGUCUGAGGAGAGGCGAGUGUCAGGGUCAAAGGUCAUCCCGAUGAUGAAAAUGCUGUACCUUGCACUAGAGCAUAGUGCUUCAACAUUGCAAACACAGGCAGCCAAACACCUCCAUGAAAAUUUGAAGCGUCGAGUCACAGACACUGCUUCCAACCUGGAGUCAUUAAGUGUGUUGACCCUAGCAACACUUCUUGACCCCAGAUAUAAAUCACUCGGGUUCCGCAGUUCUUUUAAAUUAAAUGACGCCAUCGUUCGCCUACGCUCCGAAUGUGCGUCUGUCAUGGGACACACAAAUGAGCCCCUGCCAGGACCAUCUGCAGAACAGCUGUCUGCACCCACUUCAGGCAUUUAUUCAGCAUUAUUUGUUUGUUGUUGUUUGAAAUCAUGUAAUAAAAUGCAUAUUUUUUGUUUUUAAGAUAACCUUUGGAAACAUCUGGAUAUGGAAGUGGGAAGGCAGACAAAAAACUCUACUGUAGAUGCCA